AUGUCGACCCCCGCUUAUGAAGUACAUAUCUAUGGGAGCAAGAAAUCGGCCAAACCCAUUAGAAAAUGGGUCUUACCUGAGUUGCUUCAAGCUCAGUUUGUGAAUACAGACACUGGACCCAAGUGUCCGCUUGAACCGUUUGUAAAUGCAUUCUGGUCAUGGGUUGUUGAGGAUGGGGUUUGCAACGUUGUCAGGCCAUCCAACCCUGUGUCAGGGGAGUGCGUAUUAUACAAGAAGGCCAAAGGCCCAAGAAGACACCUUGCCGUACUGGCAAUGGUAGAAGUUCAAAACGGGCAAGGAAGAUGGCAACGGAUCCAACCACAGGUUGGCGAAAUGAUACAAAUGUAUCCGGAUAUCGCAAUCCAGUUUCAGGGGAAAAGCACAGAUACAACUUUUCAGAACGCCAAUCUUAACAACAUGGAGGUCGACAAUGGCACUCUCAGUAACAGUCGGAGCAAGUCCUUUAUCGACAUAGCAUCAACCCAAAGCACGACUCCCAGCAUGAGAUCUGCAACAACCCAACCCCAAGCACAACCACAAGAGCCGGCUGACACAUCAAAUCCAUUAAUUGCUCUCAUAUGGGUCUCUAGCAAAUUUUUCGAUAUAAAUAAUUUGCGACCUACUUGUUCUCAAAUUGAAGAGUUAGGAUUUUUCUUGCAGCUCCGUGAUUUACCCAAAACUCAAGCUGAAUACGACUUGCUAUAUUCGAAAUUGUCAAGUUCCCCUUUCCCCAUGCUAUCUUACCCGGAAGUAGAAAAACUUUGCCUAUUGGGUUGCUGCUGGAGGAGGUCGGAUGCGGAGACCAAGAGAUAUCUAGGUCUGUAUCGGUGGCCAGUGGAAGGGUCUGAGAAGCUGCACUCAAUCUUAUCCCAGCUUCGGGAACUGGAUUGA